CUGGCUGGCAGGACCCUGGGACUCCGCCUGCCUGUGGAGCCCCAGGCCUGCUGACCCUCCAACUGGAGCACCUGUCAAGCUCUGGCAGGCCCAGCCCCUCCACUUGUGCCAAGGAAUGUGCCUGGGAGAGGCUGCUGGGGACCGGCAGGCCAGCAGAGCCAAGGCCACCGGAGUCAGCGCACAGGUCUACGUAGAGCUGCCGGGUCAUCAUGCUCAGUCUCAAGCUGCCCCAACUCCUUCGAGUCCACCAGGUCCCCCGGGUAUUCUGGGAAGACUGUAUCAUGUCUGGCUACCGCCGCCCUACCAGCUCCGCCCUGGACUGUAUCCUCAGCUCCUUCCAGAUGACCAACGAGACGGUCAACAUCUGGACUCACUUCCUGCCCACCUGGUACUUCCUGUGGCGCCUCCUGGCGCUCGCGGGGGGCCCAGGCUUUCCGGGGGAGCCCUACCACUGGCCGCUGCUCAUCUUCUUGCUGCCAGCCUGCCUCUACCCCUUCGCGUCGUGCUGUGCGCACACCUUCAGCUCCAUGUCGCCCCGCGCACGUCACAUCUGCUACUUCCUGGACUACGGUGCGCUCAGCCUCUACAGCCUGGGAUGCGCCUUUCCCUAUGCCGCCUACUCCAUGCCGGCCUCCUGGCUGCACAGUCGUCUGCACCAGCUCUUUGUGCCCACAGCUGCGCUCAAUUCCUUCCUGUGCACCAGCCUCUCCUGCUACUCCCGGUUCCUGGAGCUAGAAAGCCCUGGGCUCAGUAAGUUCCUCCGCACUGCAGCCUUCGCCUAUCCCUUCCUGUUUGACAACCUCCCGCUCUUCUAUCGGCUGGGACUGUGCUGGGACAGGACCCACAACUGUGGGCAGGAGGCACUGAGCACCAGCCAUGGCUACCACCUCUUCUGUGCGCUGCUCACUGGCUUUCUCUUUGCAUCCCAUCUGCCCGAGCGACUGGCACCGGGACGCUUUGACUACAUUGGCCACAGCCACCAGCUGUUCCACAUCUGUGCAGUGUUGGGCACCCACUUUCAGCUGGAGGCAGUGCUGGUGGACAUGGGCUCUCGCCGAGCCUGGCUGGCCACACAGGAACCUGCCCUGGGCUUGGCGGGCACAGUGGCCACACUGGGCUCGGCGGUGGCCGGGAACCUGCUCAUCAUUACUGCCUUCACAGCCUUCCUACUUUGGGCCCCCAGGACCUGCUCCCUGCUGCAGGGGGACCUACUAGAGGGGGGCACAAAGGCUAAGCAACAGUGAGGCCUCAUCUCAGAGGCUGCCCUGGACAGAAGCAGAGGCCAGGCCCUGGUGCUGGAGAGGAGUCCGACCGGGCUGGGAGCUGGGAGCGUAGGGGCUUACCUGAGCCUGAACCAGAGUCGCUGGGAGAGGGCACAGGAGAGGAGGGGAGCAGGGGUGGGGGGCAGGGGGCACAGCAGGGGAGCAGGAAGUUCCUUGAGUCUCGGGAUGGGAUGGGGGUGGGAAGUGCCGAGGGCCUGAGAGGAGGUGCAAGUGUCCAGGCUGGAGCUGCCCGUCAGAACCUAGGACAGGGACCUAUGGAGCACUCACUGGGCCCUGCUUCUGGUGCUCCUGCUCAGAGAAACCUUAGCCCGGGGAAGAACUAACAUGACUAACCUAGCUGGCCCUGAAUGCUGUUAGCCAGGCCCACUGUUGCCCCCAACCCCAAACCAGGCAGUGCCCUCGCCGGCACCCCCUGCCCUCAGAGCCGUCUGUCCUGGUGGCAGCCAUGCCCUCGAGGGCUGCUGGCUACAGGGAGAACCUGAGUCAGGCUGUGGGAAGUCACCUUUAAUGCUUUCCGGAAUGAGGUGCAAAUAAAUAAAUCUGCAUUA